CUAAUUGGUGGAUAGGGUAACUCUGAUACAGACCUCCCCUCUGAACAAGUUACACACUUGGCUUCAGAGUUAACUAAAGCAGGAUAGAUGUAAGCGGGAGGGACACACAGCCACCUCUUCUCACUUCUCUCACCUUCACAGUGCACCUUUCCACCUUUCUUUCCACUCUGCCACCGUAGUUUAGCUUUUCUAUUUUUCCAAGUAUUUUUGGGAUAUACUCGUCUUUAUCGCAACUUCACUUGGGCACCUCUUUUCGAACACCAGAAGAAACUGCUAGCUUACGACGCGCAGGAAUCUGCUUAAGCAAGGAACAGAACUUUCCCCCGUGUAGUUGAAAAGAUUUCAAACAACAUGAGUCUCAAAUCUGAUACCGAGACAAACAACGUAUCUAUGGAGGAGGAGGUGCGCACACUGUUUGUGAGUGGCCUCCCAACAGAUAUCAAGCCCCGUGAACUUUAUCUGCUGUUCAGACCAUUUAAGGGUUAUGAAGGUUCACUGAUUAAAUUAACAUCAAAGCAGAUUGUGAACGUCUUCUCUACCCUUUUCCAGCCUGUUGGGUUUGUUACCUUUGACAGUCGGUCUGGCGCUGAAGCGGCAAAAAAUGCAUUAAACGGGAUACGUUUUGACCCAGAAAGUCCACAGACCCUACGGUUAGAGUUUGCUAAGGCCAACACGAAGAUGGCUAAGAGUAAACUGAUGGCCACACCGAACCCCACAAAUAUCCACCCCGCUCUAGGAGCUCACUUCAUAGCACGGGACCCAUAUGACCUGACGGGGGCAGCGUUGAUCCCUGCUUCACCUGAGGCCUGGUCCCCUUACCCACUGUACACCACUGAGCUGACCCCUGGUCUUCCCCACACAGCCUUCACCUACCCUGCCGCCGCUGCUGCCGCUGCCGCCCUCCAUGCCCAGAUGCGCUGGUAUCCCUCUCCAUCAGAGGCCUCCCAGCCAGGGUGGAAGUCACGUCAAUUCUGUUAGAUUAUUUACACUUCACACCAGGGUCGGUGUCCCACUGGAGUGAGACGUGCAGAGCUCUUUGUUAUUUAAUCAGGUUUAUUUAAUGGAUAAUUUACAUAGCGGACGAUGUUUCAUUUGGAAACGGCCAGACGGUGUUUGAAGUAAAAUCUUUUUCAAUCACAUUCUGAUGCUGUGUGAUGACUGUGACGGUACAGACAUAGCACUUGCAAAAAUCCAAGCUAUUUUCUUUCCUUUAGGGGAGGGUGUUCUGCAGAGGAAAUAUAAAUUUAUGAAGUGACGAAGCUGCUCUUUUCAUAGGGAAGGACUAGGCUUUUUGGGGAACUGAGGCAGCCAUAGUGCAUGUUCAAUUUUGGCAUGAUGUAGAAUGUAUGGUUCUGUGUUUGUUUUACAGUACAGUCAGUUGCCUCAAGGCCAUGGCCUUUUCCAUUUUUUCUUUGUUUUUCAUUUGCCUUCUAUCUUCUGUGUCUUAGUCUAGCUCCUGUAUAAAAAAAUAAGAAAAAAAAAGAAGCUAUACUUGUAAUAUAUGCAAAGUGGUGUUAAACUUAUUGGUAUUUUAUUUUCCUGGAGAAUAUGUUUUGCAUGCAUUGAUAUUUUCUUUUCGAGUUCAACAUCACCCUUGCAAAAGUGGAGCCAAUAUGUAGAGCAUCAAGUUGGUGAAUCACCAUUAUUGCAACCCCUGUGUGACAAUCUUGUCUUGCCAAAUUAUUGAUGUCUAAGAGUAUAUUUGAACAAAAAAAGUACAAGUAUUUUUGUACUUUUGUGCAAUGUAUAUUUAUGCAUUUUUGUGUGAUUAAAUCUGUACAAGGUAAUAUCUAGUUGUCUUUUCCAUUUUGAGUUUGUGUGGGUGUAAUAAUCAUUUAUCCUGUUUGACAUAGGUUACUGGUGCAAUAGUCUUUCCUAACUUGCUUUGUGUUGCAUGGCAUUUUUUUGGAACUGCAACUUUGUAUCCAGGGUUGGCUGUUAAAAUAUCUUUAUGAAUGUGAAACUGGAUUAAAAGAAACCCUAACCUCAA